ACGAAGCCCAAUAGUAUUUACCAUAUAAAGCCUUCCUUGUCGUGGACGUAGACCCUAGCUUUAUCUUCACUCUACCUUCACGAUCUUCCUCGGCGAUCUGCAUGAAAAAUAAAGAAAGAAUAAUUGAUACGGAUGAUGUUGUUGGUGAGAAGUUUAAGUUGGGAAGGAAGAUUGGGAGGGGAGCUUUCAGUGAAGUUUAUGCAGGUGUUAAUCUUCAAAGUGGGGAAGAAGUAGCUAUUAAGCUGGAACCUGUUACAACGGAGCAUCCUCAACUGUAUCAUGAAUCAGAAAUAUAUAAACGUCUCCAAGGAGGAGUAGGAAUACCAAGCCUCAAGUGGUUUGGAGUUGAAAGGGGGCACAAUAUAAUGGUUAUUGAGCUUCUUGGGCCAAACCUCCAAGAAAUUUUGGACAGAUGUGGUGGAAAGUUCAGCUUGAAGACAGUUUUAAUGCUUGCAAAUCAACUAAUAGAAGCAGUGGAGUGUAUGCAUGAUAAGGGUGUUAUUCACCGUGAUAUAAAGCCUGAAAAUUUGUUAAUGGGUUUGGGGAGCAAUGUUUGUCAGGUGUACAUUACAGAUUUUGGCCUUGCAAAACUUUAUAUAGAUCCUGAGACAGAUGAACACAUAUCAUAUAGGGAACAUAAAAGUUUCGUAGGCACUCAUCGCUAUGCGAGUCUGUAUACACACUGUGGUGUCGAACAAAGUAGACGCGUUGAUAUGGAGUCUCUUGGUUAUGUUCUUGUGUAUUUUCUAAAAGGAAGCCUUCCAUGGCAGGGAAUAAGUGCAGGAAGCAACGAAGAGGAGUUAAAUCAUAAACUAAUGAUUAAGAAGUUUAACACUAAACCUGAGGAGCUAUGUGAAUCAUGUCCAUCGGAGUUUGCAGCAUGGGUCAAGUGUAUGCGACUUACACUCUUCAGUGAAAUGCCCUCCUAUAUUUAUUUAAAGGCUAUUACCCAGCGACUCUUUAAGUCUAAAGGCUAUAAGUUCGAUUAUGUAUAUGAUUGGACUAUAUCUCCAAAGGACAACAUCAAGUUGGGAGCAUCAGCUCAAAAGCCAAUAAGAAUUUUGGCUACUCAAGAUAUCCAUGAUACACUAGAAGCGUUUUCCAGAACCAGGAUUUCCGAUGAUGUACCUUCAUCAAAAGAUGUGCAACCCGAUCCUGAAAAUGAAAAUCCUUGGCAGAAUGCUAGCGGACGGCGAAGGCAAAGGCAAAGUUCGUCUUCCCCAGACUCCAUUUGCUCCCGUUUCUUUCAUACACAGCUCCUAGGCGAUCUGCAAUUUCUUCGGCGACUCCCACUGCUCUCCACCGCUGAUUGGGCUCCAAACUCUUCUCCCACCGCCGAUUGGCUUCCAAAACCGAGUCCCACCAGCAGUAUAACCUCCACAGCGACUGCCGCCUCCAAUUGCCGACGGGACCUUCGAUUUCGUGCUCAUAUCUCCGGCGAGCACCUUCACCACGACUGCAUCUUCACCACCGUCUAG